UUCAGCUGACACAGCACCCUCGGUUCCCCUUCACUGAAACCUUCCCUCUUUGACCACAGCCAUCACCAUGGAGAAGGACGUGGGCGUCGCCCACAAUGAGACCGAGCACAGCACCGAGAUCCGCCAGGUGCACAAUGUCUCCCUGGCUGAUGCCACCCUCAAGGCCCACGUCAAGCCAUGGACCAAGGCCAUGUUCAAGCUCUACCUGGUGCUGUUCGUCGCUACUCUCAACUCCUGCAUCAACGGUUACGAUGGUUCCUUGAUGGGCGCCAUCAACAGCUACGCCCAGUACCGUUCAUACUUUGGCUUCUCCCUCACUGAGGGUACCCCUGGCACCGGCAUCGUCUACGCCAUCUACACCAUUGGCAAUCUCGUGGGAUCCUUCGCUGCUGGGCCUGCUACUGAUUGGAAAGGCCGAAAAUGGGGCAUGUUCAUCGGCUGCCUCAUCAUCGUUAUUGGCACAUGUAUCCAGGCCACCUGCACCAACCUGGGUGGAUUCAUGGGCGGCCGCUUCAUCCUCGGAUUCGGCGUGGCCAUUACCUCGACUGCUGGCCCCGCCUACGCGUCUGAGAUGGCCCAUCCCGCCUAUCGUGGCAUCCUGACUGGUAUCUUCAACACUUUCUGGUUCGUGGGCGGAAUCCCCGGCACCUUUGUCCCCUACGGUACCUCGGUCCUGCAGGGCACGAAGUCGUGGAGAAUCCCCAUCUGGCUACAAAUGGUCUUCUCCUGUGUCGUUCUUUUGAGCGCCCCCUUCCUCCCCGAGACCCCGCGUUGGUUGAUUGCCAACGAUCGACAUGAAGAAGCCCUUGACACUAUGGCCCGGUACCACGGCGACGGCAGCCGCGACUCCGCCAUUGUGCAGCUUGAGUACAGGGAAAUGUGCGAGGAUAUCUCCGUAACCGGCUCCGACAAGCGCUGGUGGGACUACCGCGAGCUGUUCAACAACCGCGAGCAGCGCUACCGCACCAUGCUCGUUGUGUCCAUGGGCUUCUUCGGCCAAUGGUCCGGCAACGGUCCCGUGUCGUACUACUAUCCAGCCAUGCUUCAGGGUGCCGGCAUUACAAACAACCACACCCGCCUCUUACUCAACGGCCUCCAGAACGUUGUCUCCUUCAUCGGCGCCGUCUUUGGAGCUCUAUACACCGACAAGUGGGGCCGCCGCCCGCAACUCCUCGUCUCCACCGGCAUCGUCGUUAUCAUUUUCAUUCUCGUGUGCGCUCUCGUUGCGACCAACGUCAUCGACGGCCCCGACGGCAAACCCAAGGUCGACGACAGCGGCACCCCCCUCAUCAAGCGCUCCGGCCAGGCCAAAGCCGUUAUUGGCCUCAUCUUCAUCUUCGGCUUCGUUUUCUCCGCCGGCUACACGCCCCUGCAGCAGCUCUACCCCGUUGAAUGUCUGCGCUACGAGUCACGUGCGAAGGGCAUGGCCUUCUACAACUUCUGGGUCAACAUUGCGGGCUUCUACAACACGUUUGUCACUGGCAUUGCGUUCUCUGGUGCCGGGUGGAAGUACUACUUCCUCUUCAUCUUCUGGGACAUCUUUGAGUUUGCCUUCAUCUACUUCUUCUACGUUGAGACGCGCAGGCGGACGCUCGAAGAGUUGUCCGAGAUCUUCAGCAGCAGGACGCCGGUUAAGACGAGCUUGUCUAAGACGCAGAUUGUGGUGCAUGGAAAGGAUGGGGUCACAGAGGUGUUGAAUAAGGAGGUUUAGAGGUCCUACCUUUGAAAGCCCCUUGGCUGCUUCGUUGGAAUAAGGGGGGGAAUGGAGGGGACGGAAAGGUGUGGGUGAUUGGCAUGACGAAUAGAUGUCGGAAAGAAGAAAGUCUGGCUUGCGACCGCUUGGGAGUUUACCAUCUACACAAGGAUCUUUUGUAGUGUCGAAAUUUGCCGAAAUGUUAUGUUUCGUUUCGUGUUGUGCAGGCAUUGAACUCUCUCCCAUUUUUCCCUUUCUGCUUCUACACAGGCGUCGAAGCCGUGUAAUAAUGAUCAAUGGAAUAGAUGAAAUCUCGAGAAGGAUAUACGACUUGGAAGAUAAUAGAACCGACUGAGGAUAGUAAAAGACCGCAGGAUGAAUCGAAUACGGAG